UUUAAUGCAUUAACAACUUCCCAUUAUAUGUACAAUAAUUGCACACACAUAAGACCAAAUCAAAGACUACCAAGAAAUCAUGCAAAAUUGAAUAUGAAACACAAAUUAUUGAGAGAAACGAUUUUUACGAAAGACGCAUUAUAUAUAUUAUGGGCUAAAUCGUCUAAUUAAUACAACUUAAAAAGGAGAUAAGAAUGUGGGCUUUAUAUUUAGAGGUCGUCUCUCUGAGAGACGGUUUCUCACAAGAGUAGCUACAUAUGAAAACUACCACACAAAUAUCGAGUCAUUGAUGAUUUUGCGCCCAUUUUUCUUCCAUUCGCCUUAACCAACGACUUGUUGGUUUGUUCAACGAGUCGUCGGUUCUACACUAUGGCUCAUCAAACAUUCUGCCUUUGUUCCAAAUUUGACCUUUAUUCCUAAGUCAACCCUUGAGUAAGCUUGGCAAUGACUUUGAAUGAUAACUAAUAUUCCAAAAUUCCAACAAUUUAUUACUUAGAAGUUUGAAAGAGAACCCACAAAUGUGAGUUAAUUUUGUGGUAUGUGUAGCGUAAUAGUAGUCAUAAGUCAAGACUUUAAGUUCAAACACAUGGAAUUAAUAAAUGCCGUUAGGUGGACGCAAAUAGUAUUAUUGUAUUAUCGCUAACAGCUCAAACUUUGGCACCACUUUUUCAACCACUAAAUCUAGAGAACUUGGAAAAUGGAUUAAUCUUUUUUAUUUUUUUAGUAUUGGACAUAAUGUAAAAAUGCGGUAACGGGAGUAAUGCAAUUAUCAUAACGUCUAAUAAUGGUCAAAAACAUAAGAUAUCCCUUGAUAUGGCCUAAAACAAUAGAUUUUUUACACCUUUCCAAUGCGUGAAAUAUCCGUUCGUUUUAUGAAACCUUUACAACACGGCCGAUGAAAUGCGACUUUAUUUUAACACUACAAUACAGAAUAGGCCUAGAGAAGGAAAAAGACACAGAGAAUCAAAUCCAAAAUUUACUUGAAAAGCGUGGCAAGUGCUCCGACUGAAACAACACUUAGUUCCCAAAAAAGGAUUAUUCUUAUCAAGUUUUUCUAUGUAUGAAAAGGAUACACGUGUAUAUAUUCAAUCGCUAAAUUCCGUCCAGGUACAAGCUAUUUAAUGACUUGAAAUAAUUAAACGUUACUCCUUUCAUUUCAUUUUGAUGUUCAACUAUAUUUUAAAUUCAACAUUUUCUUUUUUUUUUGGUUGAAAAUACAACAUUUUCACAUUAAGUAAAAUUAAAUUUUUUUGCGUGCUUAAUUUACUUUUCUUUUAUAUUUGAUUUUAUUUAUUAAUAAAUCAUUUUAAGAGUAAAGGGUAGUCAUAAAUCAAUUUUAAUCACUCAUAUUUGAUUUAAACAUCUGAGAAGGAAAACAUGGAAUGAAAAGGAGGGGAACAUUAAAUAUAAUUGGGAUGCUCCACAAAAAUCCGGCCUUUGGGAGAAUAUGGUAUAUAAAUUGGUGUAGUAGGUAUGAGCUUAGGACCAAACAAAGCCAGACUAAUAAAAUUUUCAUUGAAUAACUCCUACUUGAUAACCAGCAACAGCAAGGAGAGUGACCAACCCAGAAGUAUUCAGUUUUUAUAUACAUAACAAAAAAGACACAGAAAGAUAGAGAUUCUGAAGAUGGAAGAAAAAGAUCAUACCAAUAUCAAUGGAAAGGAUAAUACAGCUGAGCAACAUAAACUUUGCCUUAUGAGAGCCCUUGUUGAACACCGUGAUCCGUCUGCCAAGGAGGCAGAUGACUUGAUGUUGAGGAGAUUCUUAAGAGCCCGAGAUCUAAAUGUAGAGAAGGCAGCUACCAUGUUCUUGAAGUACCUGAAAUGGAAGCGAACAUUUUUACCAAAAGGUUUUGUUUCAGAAGAUGAGAUUGAGUAUGACCUUUCCCAAAACAAAAUAUGUCUAGGAGGACAAGACAAACAAGGACGACCUAUUGUCGUUGCUUUUGCAGGUCGACAUUACCAAAGUUCCAAACCAGGAGGUCUUGAUGAAUUCAAGCGUCUUGUUGUGUACACUCUUGACAAGCUAUGUGCAAGGAUACCAGAUGGACAGGAGAAGUUUCUCGCUAUAGGUGAUCUUCAAGGAUGGGGAUACUCUAACAGUGAUGUCCGAGGAUAUCUUGGGUUCAUUUCUGUUUUGCAGGACUACUACCCAGAGAGAUUAGGCAAGUUGUUCAUAGUCCACGCACCAAGAGUAUUCAUGGCAGUAUGGAAAGUUGUUUACCCCUUCAUUGACGAAAACACCAAGGCCAAAAUACAAUUUGUGGAGAAACAGCACAUAAAAUCAAAACUGCUAGAAGACAUUGAUGAGAGUCAACUCCCUGACAUAUAUGGAGGCAAACUACAACUCGUGCCCGUUCAAGAUGCCUGAAGAAACUUGGUGCUACAAAACUAAGACACCCAUCGUGAACGAGAACCAUCAGAGAACUCAGUGGAAUUCUCUACCGAUCACCAUGAUUAUUCUAUCGACCAUCCUUGAACAAAAUUACAUUCUCUGAAUUUGUGGCCCGAAUUCACCAAUACUCUGUAGCUAUUGCUGAAUUAUGAUAUUUCGUUGACUACGAAAGUAUAUGCCUUUUUGCCAUUCUCACCUUAGAAUCAGCAAUAAGAAAUAAAAUGUUAUCUAUCUAGUAGUUUAUGUAGAUAGCAUUCUA